AUGUGCCCCAACAACUCCAAAGAGCCCUUGACGCCUCGAUUUGGUCCUCUCUCUCCUGUAGAAGAGACUCCAUCAUCUGCAGAAUCAGGCUCCCACUACAGCUUUGGACGACUGUCAAUCAACCUCAAGAUGGGCGACCACGCAUAUCUACAACCAAGGCCAGGACGUGAAUCUCGUUCCAUGGAGUCGAGCUUGCCAGAGGGCGGAAGGUCGUCCGCAACACCGACAACUCUCCCCUUCACCACACAAGACAUGGCUACUAGCUACGUAUCUGUGGCCCCGUAUAACAACUAUCCCAUCUCGUAUGACUCGCCCCUGCCCACGCCAGUCUCAGUCGCUGGCUCGCCAUCACUCGCAGACAGGUCAUCCACCAAGAUGAUACACGCUUUCGGCCACAACGGCGGCAAUUCACAGCAAUUAACACCACCUGGCACAUCUCGUGCCAACCCGGCAGAGUGGUACAACCCCCAGACGCAUCAGAUGCACAGCUUGGAAACCUCGCACUCCCCUGAAGAUCACGGCCUGGCUGUGUCGGCAGCUGAAGCCAACUACUGGGGGUCUUAUGGGGUGUCGGGCACCGAAGCGCAGGAUGACAUGUCUCCUCACAUGACUUCCCAGAGCCUCUUCAUGCCCAUGCACAACGUGGCUCCAUCGGCUCUCAUCCGAAACCCCAAUGCCAUGAUGAGCUCGUCGCCCAUGCCACUCGCUCCAGCCCCACCUCAGGUGCCCAUCCUUCGCGGUGCCCCGAACCCAUCGGACCUUGGCCCAGUUGUGACGCCCAUGGACAACAUGCAGCAGCCGUUUGGCAAUAUGAGCAGCCAGCAACACCCCAUGUUCCUUGACAUUCACUACGCGACCCAGCCCAGUUCGAGCAGACGGAAUUUGCGUCCCAAGACACAGAGAACCCGUGACAAGAAACGCAGCCGCACUGCGAGCAGGGCCUUGUCAAACCAUGGCAAUGAAUACAUGGCUACCCAAGGAGACGCCCAAGCUGCGUCCACAUCGUCUGGCCAACAGUCCCAGGCCCAGGCCCCUUAUCCGAAGAUCCAGCUUAAAGAGACUGCACCCCAAGAAGCUAAACAUUUGUUCGAUUUGCGAUGCAAGUAUGACCAUAAAAAGGGGAAGGGCAUGUGGGAUUCGAUCAUGAAUGAGUGGGAGGUGGCCAACGGAAGGAAGGAUAGAGCUACCCUGCAGAUGCAGAUUACUCGAACGGUUUGCAAACAUGCCAAAUGGCCGGAAUCCGAGGACCGAGCCUUAAGAGAGGCCAGGGAAGAGCUCGACAGCAUGUACUACGUUCUACUUCUCAAGAUCAUGAGAGAGAAGGGAGGGUGCAGAGCCUGGGACUGGAAACCAAUGCACGUCAUCAAGCGAUCGGUAGAACUCGGCCUCGAGGAAUGGGACCCCGAACUCGGGAACGUCAAGAAGUCCAAGAAGAAGCGCAAGCAGUCAGGGCCCUCAACCGUGAACCUCUGGCAAAACAACGCGGAACCAGACGUUCUCUACGAUGACCAAGGCUUGAGCAUCAGCACUUCGGUCAUGAUGUCCAAUGAGCAGGAGGAACAACUCUUUGCGAAAUGGGACCAGCCCGAGCCUGAGACUCCUGAGCCUGACCCCAUGCAGGGCGUCACUGAACACAGGCCCUCCGUCUCCCGUGCCAGCACCGAAAUGGAGCUAAAUCAGGCACAAAGUGAGCGUGUGGCCAAGCAAGCUUGCAAGCAGCUAAGCGAUCAGCUCCUUGGACAGCAGCAGCAGCAGCAGAGAAGCCACGCGCAUAAUUUUGGGAAUCGAUCCUAA